AUGUCGCUUUGUCCGUCCUCAUCUCAUCAGCUUGUCGCAGCGGCAAUCGCUUUUCGACGUGCUCGUCGUAAAUUUCCGAAGGACUUUGGCCUCGAAAGCACGAUCGAACAUAUAUCUGGAAAUACAAAGGCAGAAACCGCGACAAGCUGCGAAGGGUCCAUUAAUCAAGCGAAAUCGAGCUCUAUAUUAGUGAGACGCGCGUGCAACUUGAGAUCCGAUCACGUUUGUCCGGCGAGCGUGCGGAAUGGUUGCGAUUACAAGCAUUCCUACAGCAAGGAGAAUUCGAUCAGCUGUAGUUGCUGCCGGGCAAGAAAUAACGGUGAGGACAUUUCGGAGUUGCAGGACGAGUGCAGCGGUGGAGAUGCAAUCGAUACAGUGCCGAGUAGAGAACGUGAGGUGUUCGUAGCUUCGGAUGUCGAUCAGAAAAAUGAAUCUGUAAAAGCGGCUGAGCGAGACAGAUGCGAUGCAGCGUCGAGAACGAUGGAUGGUGAGGCUGCUAAAAGAACGGAAUGGAUUCCGCAAUCCGCGCAUUCAACAUUCUACCAUCAUCGCAAAACGCGCUGUCCACCAGCUGUAUCCUACUCGAACUCUGAUCCCGUCAAUCUCCUCUACGAUUUGGCGCCUGGUGAGAGGAAGGACAAGGUCGCGUGCGGCGACUUUUCGAAGGACAAGGGUAAGGAUUUCGCGUCGACGAGUUGUCACGAGACGUCCAUCGAUCUUGACGGCGACGCGGAAGGUGGUGUCGUCACGAGCGACGCUCGGGGUCGUCAUGGUCCUGGUAUAGAAGACGCGUGGAUGAAAUUGCAUAACUCAAUGCCCCAUCGGAAAAUCGUGGAAUCGGCCUGGCGAUGCCGAUGCGAGCAUCAUCCGUGCAAAGAGUCCGUUUUGGAUUUGUUGAAGUCGUCGUGCGAUCAUUGCUGCGACGGAUGCCAUCGUUGCGUUCAUCAUUGCGAUUGCUUUCGUCGGCAUUGCUGUUGUCGACAGCGCGACAAUUCGUUCUCUACGAACGCAAAAGGAUGCGAGGUGUGCGUCCCCGGCGGAAAAGCUCAGCAUAAAAGCUGGCACGAUCAGAUGCGAGGCGAGAAUAGUCGAUUGUAUGUGGGGCAGUGCUGCUCGAAGGAGUACCCUGGAAUAAUAUCAGCCUCUCGUGAGCGAAACGACGAAAAACGGUGGGAGAAAAACGGGAACGAAAACGACGAAAACGACGACAACGACGAGGACGGUAGAGUGGCCGUUAUCAAUCACAAGGACUCCAUGUGCAUCCUCACUGAAAAAUAUAAAGUCGGCAGGAAGUGCCGCGGCAAAAGAUGCGAGGGUAAGGUGCGAUCGGACGACAGGACGGGGCGAGAGAGGGACGAGUGUAACAAAUCGUUGACUACGAAAAUCAUCGAUCAGCCGGAAUCGCCGCUCGAAAAUGCUGUUCCGCACGAUAGACCGAGCGUGAAACACAUUUGCCGAGCACAUUGCGAGUGCUGCGGGACCGCUGCAAGGAUCGCGAGAAACUCGUGUAGUCGUGGAUGUGGUCGACACGCGCCGCCGGAGGGUGAAUUCGACCGAUUCAAGUCCCCUUUGAACGAGACGUCUGCUACUCACCGCUGUUCAAGUCGAGCGCCUUGUAGACGUGCCUUCUAAUUCAAUUUCGUUUCGUAUACAAACAUGUUUACGUAUUUUUACAUCAAU